AUGCUCGAUAAACUUCCCUCAAACCCCACCGAGUUCGCUAAUAUUGCGGAAGGGUUCGUGCGGAGGAUUAUCAAAGUCACAAAACAUAUCGUCAAUUUUAAAAAGUUAUGUAAAGAUGACCAAAUAUGUCUGUUGAAAGGAGCCGUCGUGGAUGUUAUGAUGCUGAGGUCUGCUGUCAACUAUGACCCCUCCACGGAAAGUUGGAGUUUAAGCACAAUGUCAUAUGAUUCCAAUAGAAUAAGUGCCGAUAUUUUGAAAUGUGGUGGACGUGAAACCAUGGAGAUGUUUAAAUCAUAUUCUAAAUUCAUUAAAUCCUUGAUGUCUACGAUUCGUGGUGACCUGUUAAUGUUAAAAAUACUCAUUGUCAUGGCGAUAUUUUCUACUGAUCGUGGCGAUUUAGUAGAUAGUGGCUUCGUUCAAAAAAUUCAGGAGGAAUAUGCAGAAAUUCUGCAGAAAUAUAUUCAAAGCCGCUUUCCGGAAGAAAAAACUUUAUUUGCUCAAGUAGUGAUGAAGCUGACAGAUUUAAGGAACAUUAAUGAUGUCCACACUAAAAUGUUAUUAAAAAUGAGAGUGGAAGAUGUCGAACCGCUAUUAAUAGAAAUAUUCGACCUACCAUGUCCUUGA